AUGCUACUGUUUCCUCAAUCAGUUCUUGUUCUACUGGGCAAUAUACGUCAUAUUUGGUCUAAUGCCAAAUUACCACAAGAAAAUAUUUUGUGUGCCUGUGUACAAUUUGUCUUCAAGGAUUUCAUUGGGUCUGCUUUUGGUGAGCCUGAACUAUUCAAUAUCACCCUUGAUGUUAUUCCAUUUCGCAGGAUAUUCCGGGUUCUAAAAGAAACAGUUGAAAUUUUUCCUUCAUUACUUCUCGAGGGUGAUAACUCUGUGUUAUCCAAUAUUGUAGCUAGUCAAAAAAGCUCAACAAGUAAAUGCGAUGAUUGUGCACAGAUCAAAGUUGAACAGAUAAAAACAUUCACCAAGUUCAUAUUUGGUGCUGCUGAUUCCAUGUCCUUUUCAGGUAGUUUGCUAGGAGAGCAAUCUGAGAAUGUAUCACUCAAUAAGAAUAUUUCUCAGUUUGAUGAGUUAAAUGACGACAUUUCAACGAGUUCAUUCAAUGAUGGUGUCAUUUCCGUAACUUCUAAUGAUUUGAAUAUUCUGAUUGGUUGUAUUCGUAUUCUUUUGAAAACAAAACCGAAUUCUGAUCCACUUCUUAAAUUGGUCGAUCGUUUACCCUCUCAAGUACCUGGUGCUACGAUUGGAGUGAAACAGUCUUUUGAUAAUACUUUGAAGGCAUCAGAUUCAGAUAUGAAUACAAUAUCUGCGGUGUUGGUUGAUAUAUCAGAAAAUAAUAUAGCUAAAACAAUAACUCGUGAAAUUAGUCGAUCAAAUAGCAAGGCACCAUCAUCAUUAUCACCACAAAGACAACGUAGUCGUUCAUUGAAUCGUCUAUUCACCAUGAAGCAUAAAUCUGUUAGUCAUACUGAAGAAAUACAUACACUGAAUAAUAAUGUCGCUGUUGCUCCUGUUGCUGCUGCUACUGUUACUACUACUCCUACUACUAGUGGACAAAGUUCUAUCCAUCGAAGAAAAGAUAUGCGGUCUAGUAAUAGCGAGAAUUCAGAAAUUGUUUAUUUAUUCGAUUUAAAUACUACAUAUCAUGAUAAUAAUAGUCAUAAUGACCAUGAUAGUUUACUUCCUGACGCUGCAAUGAAUAGAAAAUGGAGAUUUGUGGUUAACGCGAAUAAAAAUGAACAUGAUCAUGAAAAAUUGAAUAAUUCUGUUGUCGAAGCGACUUGUUCAUAUAAUGGUGAUAGUGUUCCAAUGAAUCACAAUUAUUCAAAUGUAAUUAUAAAAAGUCAACUGAAUGGCAUUAGUCCUGGCGAUUGUAGUUUCGAGGGUGCUUGUGCUGGUGGUAGUGGUAGUGUGAUCAGUGGCACUGAUGAAUCGAUGAGUAGAUCAAGCUGUGAACAUCAUCAUCAUCAUCAUUCCAUCGAUGAAAGUCAUACAACAGCAAAGGUCACUGCUAGCAGUGAACAACAACAUAGCGUUUUUGAAUCUCCGUGUCCUGCAUUGGUAAACACCACCGGUGGCUUAAACAAUGACAACCAUUCAAAGAAUGACUUUUCACAAGAUCAUUUUCUAACUAGUCAAAGGUCUAGUGA